UAUAUACUCAAUACAAACAUCUGGUCCUUUGCCUCGAGGGGUAAACUAAACAGUAUUUUUAUUGGGCUAUGUAAUAAGUACCUUGUCAAUCACGAGUUCGAUGUUCUUCGGGUCCCUCUCUUUCAUUGAGUAGUCACUCUUAAGGACUUGGACCAGUGUUAUCCGUGUAGGUCAUAUCGCGUCCACCAGGUAGCUAGUGGAGUCUUCUCAAUUAUGCGUUAUUGUCUAAGUCUUUAGCCACAUUGAGUCGCUGAAUCCUUCCAAAUUGGAUAAUGGAAAAGGGAAAGCCUUUCGUUGCGUCCUUACACGAAGUAGAGAACCAACUUGAACUGUCACUGCGUCAAGCCUUCGAGAGUCUAGAGCCGAAGUUGCAGCCACCAUUCUCUCAGGAUAUCCCAGACCCGCAGGAGUUUAUUGAGCUCAGUAGAGCCAUAGUUUAUGCCGCGUUAUGCGAUUCUGGUUCCUCUAAAACCCACAUCAAGCACUUACAUGCUCUCGUCACUGAUGGGUAUGCGUUUUUCACUAGUUUGCUUGUUGGAACCGUUGUUGAACUCUACGGUAAACUUGUUGACGCAGCUAAGGUUCAGCUGCUUUGGUUAACAAAGGAGAUGGUUGAUGUUUCGAGUGUGGGACUGGAGGAUUUGCUUGUUUCUCUACUGAGACGCAUUGGAAGUGGGGAUUAUGGGGAGCAGAAUGUUUGGCUUUGCUUUGAACUGGUGAGCUUGUUUCUUGACAAAUGGGAUUGCUUGCUUGAAGAUGCGCCCUUGGUCUUGACUAGUGCUCUCUACAGUUUCCUUCGCUUAUUAGCGGAUCAUUGUAGGGUCUCAGGGAUACCGAAGCUGGAAAACGUGAAGAGACUAGAGAUCAAAUUCUGUGUCAAAAUGUUUAAAGAACAGCUGAAUUUGAGUUUGAAGAUUGGAAGGGACCUUGUCCGGUUAUUACAAGACCUAGUUCACAUCUCCGAGUUUAAAGAGAUAUGGAAUGAUUUGGUGUGCUCUGACGUUUCAAAGAUUUACCAGUCGAAGACUUCAAGUAGAUACUUCCUUCUCCGGAUAACUCCUGAGAUGGAAACCCAGUUAAGGUUUUUGCUUGGGAAUGUGAAGCUUGGAAGCCAUAAGCGGCAUCAGGUAUGGUUCUUGAAGAAGUUUCUCUUGGGUCCUGAAAAAGAAACAGUUCUGAUCGACAUAGUCCGGUUCAUCUGCUGUGCUGUUCACCCAACUAACGAGAUCAUCCGGUCAGAGAUCAUGCCAAGAUGGGCUGUUAUAGGUUGGUUUCUUGAACUGUGCAGGCAAAACCAGUACGUCGAAGGACGUGUUAAGCUAGCUCUGUUUUAUGACUGGCUCUUCUUUGACGAAAGAAUGGAUAGCAUUAUGAAUGUUGAACCUGCUGUGCUCUUGAUGUUAUGGUCGAUACCUCAGUAUCCACACAUCACUCACUCUUUACUUGAGUUCUUACUCCAUCUUGUAGAUGCUUAUGACAUAGCCUGUCGAGAUGUGAUCACGAGAGGUGUGGCAUCAGCUUUCAGAGAGAUUGAGAGAAAGGGAGUGGUUCAAUCGCUGGAUAUGUUCCUAUCAAAUCCUGAGAUUGCAACAGAUCUAAAGAAGAAGCUAGCAAACUUGUUGUCAUGUCAUCAGGACAUUAACUGAGUUCUUUAGAGCAUACCAAUGAUACCAUUACAUAUUAAUGAACAUUUCUUUGUAUCACAUUAAUACAUUGCAAGUGGUGUUCUUGCCAGAAGAUGAGAAUGAAAUUCCACAGAUUAAUAAAACUAGAGAUA